AUGAGUACAUUUCUCCUCCUCCCUCCCUCUGACUUUCCCCGCCCCCUGGAUUUCCCUCCCCCCCCCUCCGCCCGCCGCCCCGGUCGAUCCCCCACACCACCCUCCCCCGCCAUGCUCCCCCCGAAGAGCAGAGCCGCCGCCUUGGCCCUUCUCCUGCUCUCGCAUCUAUAUGUAACGCUGGCCAGCGACGACGAGGAGCCCGUCGAAAUCGUCACGUACGGCUCGACGAUCAAGCUGGAGCACGUGCCGACAGGCGUGCGCCUGCACUCGCACGACGUGUCGUACGGCUCGGGCUCGGGGCAGCAGUCGGUGACGGGCUUCCACGACGCGGGCGACUCCAACUCGUACUGGAUCGUGAAGGCGGCGCACGGCGCCGCGCGCCGCCUGGCCGGCGAGCCCGUCAAAUGCGGCGACUGGGUCCGUCUGCAGCAUCUCAACACCGGCAAGAACCUGCACAGCCACGACCAUCGCGCCCCGAUGAACGCCGACGCAGAGGUCAGCGCGUACGCCCUGCAGAAGGACGGCAGAUGGUUCAAUGGAGACACCGCCGAUAAUUGGGUCCUGGAAUGCGUCGCAAGGGGCGCCGCGCAGUGGAAGCGCUUCGAGCACGUGCGGUUCAAGCAUCAGGAGGGGGGGAAGUGGCUUGCCGCUGAUGCUAGACUCAAGUUUCGUGAGCCGAUUCCGGGACAGCUCCAGGUUAGCGGCUCGAGUAGGCAGAACGCCAAUACCGUGUGGAAGACUAACGAAGGCUUCUACUUUGCUCCUCCGAAGCCAAAGUCGGUGUAAAGCUAUCCACAUCGCGCCUGUCAAGCCUUUUAUUGCUCACGUCUUGGCUGCACGCCCUCCGAAAGCUUGCAAGCCUUCGGCAGUCAGUGCAGUGCGCAGUGCGCUCGAUGUGGUGCUAGCUUAGCACCGAGUAAAUAUGUAAAUAUGGCGCUGCCCGUACAAACUCAUCCUCCUGCAAUCGCUACACCACAGCCGCCAAUACUUUGGCAAUGUACAUCUCCGCCUCCUGUCUUA